GGAAGCCGAGCACCUGACGAAGCGUCUAAGUGAGACAGACCUCAUAGCAACGAAUAAUGGAGGACUAACACUGUUUACAAAAUGUGAAGAACUUGACAUACAAUUCCAGAAAUGGCAGAUAUUCAGAAACCAGGAAGCCCUACUAAAAGGGUAACUAUGGCUGCCCCUCGUAGUGCCGGGUCGCAGGGCCAGAGAUCUGCACCAGGGAGUGGAAAGAAAACCCCCACAGAUUAUUCUCGUCCCAUUGUCAGAAGUGCUGUUAGGCGAUGGAAACGGAUGCAUGAACAAAGCAUGAUGGAAAAACUUGUGGGGAUGCGCAAUGACAAAAAACAGCAAGUGAAAAGCUCAAGAGAAAAUGCUAAGAAACUUGCACGCAAAAUUCCCAUUGAAAUUCUUGCAAGAGAUUGGUUAAAUGAAAAUGAGGCUACAUUGGAAGUUAGAACAUAUAUGGUUGACAAAGUUUUACCAACUCUGAUCCUUGGAGUUGAAAAGUUGUUAUCCGAAGCUGACAAACGUGGUUUGACUGAUGAGAAUAUGGAAGAUGCAGAUUUUAACCCAAUUAAUUACUUAGCACAAUACAUGAUGAGAAACAAUCCUAGGUACAGUAACUUCUCAGAAGCAUCACCCUAUGUGAGGGGAAUUAGAGAAGUUUCUGAGGAACUGAAGAAACAACUUUUCAAUAUUGAAGAUAAUAGGUUAGCUAGAAUAAAAGCAGAGGCGAAACGACGACGAGAAGAGAGGGAUCGCCUGGAGAGAGUAAAACAGGAAGAGAGAGACAGAAGAGAAGCCAGGUUUAUGAAACAAUUCCAGGAAUGGCAUGUGCAGCCUGAUGGAAGAGUGGAACUCUCUCUGGUUCAAAAUGCUUUGAGGUCAUUUGCUGAAAUAGCAGAGAAUUUUCCUGAGGACUUGAAAGACGGAUUUAAACUUAGUCGUGCUCUAGAACCAACUGAUGAAUCAGGGAAGGCACUGUCUGUGAAAGAAUUUGCUAAGUACUUGACACUAUUUAUAGAUGACUUCAGUUUUGAAGUAUUUGAGCAGUUCAUGCAACAUCUGUCCCUUUGUGCGGAUUCUCAUUGUGCUGCUUCUAACCGCGAGCAGAGAAGAAUUGUGCUUACGAAUCUCUUCAUCUCGUGCGAUCACAGUGGAAUUGGAUUACUGGACAGACAUAGAAUUCUCAGUCUUUUUGAGGCAUUUUGGGAUUCCAUAAAAGAAGACAUCAAGAGAAAUGUACGAAAUCCUCGCAGAUGGCCUGUGGCAGAGGUAGAUGAGGUAGAGGACAUUUUUUAUGAUGAUGACGGAGAAACAACUACCACCACCACCACAGUGACUGCACCGACUUCUGCUUCUCCUACGCCUAUACCAGCUGAACCGGCACCAGAAAAACCAGACGAAACUGAGCAGACUAGUGAAGACAAAAUAGAAAUCCCUGCAACUACUGCCCAAAGUAAACCAGUCACACCAGAGGUUGUAGAAGAGAAGAAACCAGAAACAACCGAACCACCCACAACUACACCAGGUGAAAAGGAAGAAAAACCAACACCUUCACCUAAACCAGAGGAAAACGACAAAACACCAGCAAAACCAGAGGUAGAGGUAUUAUCUAUAACAACCCAAGAUAAGUCAGCUGAAAAGCCAGACGAGGAGAAGAAAUCUGAAGAGCUACAGAAAGAGGAAGAAAAACCAGCAGAGGAAGCCAAAACUGAGGAGAAAACCGGAGAAAAACCAGAAACAGAUAAACCAGAAACCAAGCCUGCGACUCCUCCAACUGAAGAAAAAUCAGAGGAAAAGACAGAACCAGCUGAAUCCAAACCAGAGCCUGAAAAGUCAGAGGUCAAAGCUGAACCAGAAGAGAAAGACCAAAAAGAGGAGCCUGUGAAACCUGAGAAAGAGGCAUCCUCAGUUGAGCCUGAGAAAGAAGGAGGAAAGGAUACCACUGUCACGAAAACAUCUGAUGCACCAUCAACAAUAACUUCAACAACAGAGGAAGAAAAGAGCAAUGUCAAAUUUGCUGCUGGUACAACUUUCAAUAGAGAAAAAACAGCAUUGACCACCAUGAGUAAGGGAUCUGGGCAGUCGGCCUUUGAUGAGAACUCACUGAACGUGUCUCAGUUUGUCACUCUCACGGAGACUUUCUUGGGUAAUGAGCCCACCAAAGAUUCCUUCGACAUGCUGACCAAGUAUGUCAAAGAUGGCUAUGAAGAAACCGAGGAAGAGAAAAUGGAAAGACUGAUGAAGGCCAGAAAGGAAGCAUUGUCGACCCAGAGGAAGCACAUGAUGGACUCAUUGUUUGAGAAGUGGGAUAAUGAUGGUUGUGGCUAUUUAGACCUGGAGGAUGUAGAAACUGUGAUGCAAAAGUACAAGGAGGGACAGGAAACAGAGGCUAUACAGAGAGCCAAGUCUGCACUGAAGAAACAAUCCCGGUACGCCGAUAACAGACUAAGUAAGAGGGAGUUCCGGACCUUUGUACAACUGGCUGUGGAUGAGAUGCCAGGAGCCGAUUCCUUUGAUUAUUUUGUAGAAUUCCUAGUCAACAGUGUAGAGCGUUCCUAUGCCGAGAGGAUCCGUGGAGAAGCUAGGAAGAAGUGGCUGCAGCAGAUCGUUUCAGCAGCAGAAACAGGCGGAGCCAGCAUGGAGCCAGUAUACAGAGCCGUUUUCAAUGCUCUCUAUAAGGAUGCUGAGGCACACGGUGGGGGGAAAAGAAUCAGUGCCAACAUUGCAAUGCUGGAGAGGAAUACCCUGGACCCAGAGAGAGGCAAUGUGUGCCUGCGUUAUGUGGCAGCCACGAUGGAGGAUGCUGACUAUCUGUUAGCAAAAAUUCUGUAUAAAGACAUGAAGGGCAUCAGUUUUGCUGCUGUGGAAAGUGGAAAACCAAUUCAUGUUCCCAGAGUGGCCAACCAUGGAAACAUACAGUUCUGGAAUCCGUACAGAAUUCCUGAGGACAGAGAGGGGUCUUUUAUUGUGGUACCACUGAAAGAUAAAAGGAAGAGAGUGUUUGGAUUGCUCGGCAUUGACACGAUGAAUGACCACCACACAAAAACCAUCUUCAUCACCCAUGAAAUCCAAUUCUUCCAGGGAGUUGCUAAAUCUUUUAGUAUUUCAUACCACAACAUAGACAUGAAGAAGAAACUUCUGAGAAUCACAGAGAGCGCUGUGUCCUGGAUACAUCGUCGCAGUCCGCACGUACAGGAAAUAGUGACGUACAUGGUAGAACCAGGAACCGAGCAGGGAGACUACAUCCUCCGUAAGAUGAUGAUCACCGACGAAAAGGGCAACGUUCAGAACCUGCUCAGCCCACCGAGGCUAGAGAGAAAGGACAACCUGUUCAGAGAUUACUUGUUCAAGUGCGUAGACAACUCAGAGACAGUAUCAGCUGAUGCCUAUGGACAGCGCCACCUAGCGUUCCCUCUCCGUGAUGACCAGGGAAAAGCUGUAGCAGUAGUCGACAUUAGCAUUGGAGAACUGAAGAACUUACCUGAACAUGAGAACAGGGAGGUUCAGAGAAUGCUCAAAUUACUGAACCAGGCUCACAAGGAAAUUACCAAGGAGUUCUCAGGAGAGGCAGACAAAACUGUGGUUCUCGAGGCAGAAAAAGACGACGACAACCGAAUGGACAUCAUGUUCGACAGGUUGAUGCUGAUGGAACUCAGAGAGAAUGUCUCAAAGAUUGACGCCAAGUCCUUCGCUGAAUUACGUAGCUACAAUGAGCCUCCAAAGAUUGUGCAGAACAUCGUAAAGGCAGUGGUUGCCAUCUUUUACCUGGAUCAGGUGGAAAACGGAGAAGUGGAUGACUGGACCAAUUUGAGAAAUUAUGUGAACAAUGAAUUGCUGCAGAAGAUAACAGAAUAUGACCCUACAGCAGCUAGCGACCAUGCUCUCAUCCCACCAGAGAAACUAGAAAUCUAUUUGAAAGAUGUACCACAUGGAGAAGUUGGAAAAUUUGGAUCCAUUCCCGCUCAGAAUAUGUACAACUGGGUCUUUGUUUGUAUUUCUUUAAUUGAGCACACAAUAAAAAUGCGGGAGAAUAAUGGUGGAAAUGUGGCUGCUUCCACCCACCAGUCCCAGUCAGAAUUAACACAGUAAAUACUCUGACACUGGACCUCAGAGGAGCGUAACUGACACUUAAAAUGGAGGAGGCAGUGAAUUAACACAGACAAUUGACACAGAAUGCAAAUCAAAUGAUGGCGUUUUGUAAACAGAGCUGAAAAUAAUUGUAUUGACAACAAUUUUGAUACUACCUAUAUUUUUUUUUUUUGUAUUUCACACUGUGAUAUGAAAAUGUAAAUUACGUAUUUACAAUUAGGAAAAUUACGAAAGUAAUUUGCAUUUUCGAUAUUUGAUGCUACUUAUAUUUUCCAGAUGGACUGCCAAAUGAGAUGCACUGCAUACCAAUAUAUCACAAAUAAAGUAUUGGUGUUAAACUAUACUUAAUUUCAGGUGUUGAACUAUACUUAAUUUCAGUUGUUGAACCGCAAUGUAAUACAGAAUUAUCGUGGUAUUUUUUUUUUUUUGAAACAUACAGGUGUAAAUAUUGUUUGUACAUGGAUGUAUUUAUAUGAUAUAAUUAAAACAAGUCUCACACUU